AGCACUGUGUAGUAAUGCGUCACAAGACUGUUUUUGCAUUGAGCUUAGCCAAGGCUUUUGGAACCGCCCUCGGCUGCACCUUGUGCUAUAUUAGUACUCCUCCGACAGGAAGAAUUUUCUUUUGCUGCGGUAGCUUGUCCGGUUACCUUCAGGCCUAUAUCCAAGCCCUGUAUCUCUGGAUAUUGCUGAUAUAUGCUGUUGUUCUAGGACAAAGUCAAGGACAGAACAACUCAGAGAGCUCUAAGGAAGAUUGGAUAACCAAGAAAUGCCUAAUCAAGAUUCUGCUGUACAUGUGAAAAUGAUGCCAGAAUUACAGAAAAGUUCAGUUCGCAUCAAGAACCUUGAAAGAGUAGAAGAAAUUAUCUGUGGUCUUAUCAAAGGAGGCGCUGCCAAACUUCAGAUAAUAACAGACUUUGAUAUGACACUGAGUCGAUUUUCCUACGAAGGGAAAAGAUGCCCAUCAUGUCAUAAUGUCAUUGACAACUGUAAGCUAAUUACAGAAGAAUGUCGAGAAAAGUUAUUACAACUAAAGGAAAAGUAUUAUGCUAUUGAAAUUGAUCCUGUUCUUACUGUAGAAGAGAAGUACCCUUAUAUAGUAGAAUGGUAUACUAAAUCACAUGGUUUGCUUGUUGAACAGGCUUUACCAAAAGCCAAACUUAAAGAAAUUGUAGAAGAAUCUGACAUUAUGCUCAAGGAAGGAUAUGAGAAUUUCUUUGAUAAGCUCCAACAGUACAGUAUCCCUGUGUUCAUAUUUUCGGCUGGUAUUGGUGAUGUACUAGAGGAGGUUAUCCGUCAAGCUGGUGUCUAUUAUCCAAAUGUCAAAGUAGUGUCCAACUUCAUGGAUUUUGAUGACAAUGGGCUGCUCAAAGGAUUUAAAGGGGAACUAAUUCAUGUCUUUAACAAGCAUGAUGGCUCCUUGAAGAAUACAGAGUAUUUCAAUCAACUGAAAAACAACAGCAACAUAAUUCUGCUGGGAGACUCCCAAGGGGACUUAAAAAUGGCAGAUGGAGUAGCCAAUGUUGAAUACAUUCUGAAAAUUGGAUAUCUAAACGAUAGAGUGGAUGAGCUUUUAGAAAAGUACAUGGAAUCUUACGAUAUUGUUCUAGUAAAAGAUGAAUCCUUGGAAGUAGCCAACUCUAUCUUACAGAAGAUCCUAUGAACAAGCAUUCUUUAAAAGGACCUCUCACCUGUGGGUACAACUGAUGCAAGAGCUGCUCAUCUGUUCAUCUUGCUAAAAGACAUUUAUUUAUAAUAUGUUCUUACUCUUGAAGUUUUCCCUCUACAUUACUGAAGUAUUUUCAGAUUUGUUGAAUCCAUCAAUUGGAAGCUCCUUUUUCUCCACAUCUCUCAACACACUCCUCACCGUAUUUUUAAAGAGAUUUUAAAAAAUCUUAGAGCAAAAAUUACUUAGAGCAACAAAAUAACUCCCUACAUUUCCAUAGUGAAUUUUGUAGCUUAAUGUUAUUAUGAAGUUUUUGAGGAGUCUUUUUACAUUGGGAAAGUUUGUGGGAGUUUUAAAAGUUUUAUGAAAUGGUGAAAUAAUGUGCAUGAUUUUAAAUGUUACCAUUUUUAUAAUUUGGGUGAAUUAUGCUAAUGGUAUUACCGUCUUCUAAAAUUGUGUUUUGUUUGGUUAUUUUGUUUAGUGAAAAUCAACAUAUACCAAAAAUAUUGGCACUUGAUGUUUGAAAAAAAUCCAUUGGUAUCUACGUGUCACUAAUCAUUAUAAAAUGUUCUGUAUGGAAGCACUGAUGAUAAACAUGAAAUGAAAAGCCUUUUUAAUUCUGUGAAGACUAUUAUUAUUCACCCAACAAAUACUCAUUCAA